UUCACCGUACUCGCCGUCGCCUACCCUCGUAGCCAGCUAGCUUGAGCGAUGAUUGUCAAUAAUGGCGACGCGUUUAUCUUGAGUUUACUUUAACGAACCAUCUGAAGAAAACACGAAACUCAACAGAACCCAGGACGUUUGGUGACAACAUAAAUGAUAAACCAUCAAGAAGAAAGAAAGCUACUUUAACCCCAAAACGGACUGAGUUACGCAGCGUUGUUCAAGUUGAGGAGGUGGCAUUCUUCUUGCAGACUAGAGAGGCAAGGCAAUCUGCAGCCAAGCAGUUAUCCAGCUAGCUUGCUAACAAAGGUGUAGCUGCCAUUUCCUGACGAUGUGAUUACUUUACAAUCUUUCGUGUGAUUUUUUUUUCGUUGGAAUGUAAUGCAAGGAUUAAGACAUACAGAAAAAAAUUGGUCGAUGCCAUAGGUAGCCCCGGAAAACAAUUCAGAGUAGAAAGUGCGUGCCAUUCAACAGCUUUCAAGCUAGCGCUUUAGUCUAGCUAGUAGUGCUUGCUAUAGUGAUAGAUACUUUACACAGCUACUGUAACGGUGAACGACGUUAGCGUGUCGCUAGUUAGCUAUUCAGCUUAAGUCCAGAUCACUGUUGUGUUGGUCUCACCACGUUAAACUAUUAGCAGCUGUUUUCCUGGACAGUCUGUUAACAUUUAGAAGCAGACUUGUCCGUCGAAGUGGCUUGUCAGGAAGGUAGCUAGCUCGGGUCGCUAGCUUGCUAUUACUAUUAUUUUUCUUUGCAAGAUCCUUUUAAAUGACAACCGGCAGGAAUAACCGUGUGAUGAUGGAAGGAGUGGGUGCAAGAGUGAUCCGUGGUCCCGAUUGGAAAUGGGGAAAACAGGAUGGUGGAGAGGGACAUGUUGGCACCGUUAGGAGUUUCGAAAGUCCUGAAGAAGUGGUGGUUGUCUGGGAUAACGGGACUGCUGCCAAUUACCGUUGCUCCGGUGCAUACGACGUGAGGAUAUUUGACAGUGCACCGACAGGUAUAAAGCACGAUGGCACCAUGUGUGACACCUGCCGCCAGCAGCCUAUCAUCGGCAUCCGCUGGAAGUGUGCAGAGUGCACCAACUAUGACCUGUGCACCACCUGUUACCAUGGAGACAAGCAUCACCUUCGUCAUCGGUUCUACAGAAUCACAACACCCGGCAGCGAGAGGGUCCUGUUGGAGUCCCGGCGCAAGUCGAAGAAGAUCACGGCACGGGGCAUCUUCACGGGCGGCCGGGUGGUGAGAGGGGUGGACUGGCAGUGGGAGGACCAGGACGGAGGCAACGGGAGGAGAGGGAAGGUGACGGAGAUCCAGGACUGGAGUGCGGCCAGCCCCCACAGUGCUGCCUACGUCCUGUGGGACAACGGAGCCAAAAACCUCUACAGAGUGGGCUUUGAGGGGAUGUCGGAUCUGAAAUGCGUCCAGGAUGCCAAAGGAGGCUCGUUCUACAGAGACCACUGCCCCGUGCUCGGCGAGCAGAACGGGAACAGGAACCCCGGGGGGCUGCAGAUCGGGGACCUGGUCAACAUCGACCUGGACCUGGAGAUCGUCCAGUCCCUGCAGCACGGCCACGGGGGCUGGACCGACGGCAUGUUCGAGACCCUCACCACCACCGGCACUGUGUGCGGCAUCGACGAGGACCACGACAUCGUGGUGCAGUACCCCUCCGGGAACAGGUGGACGUUCAACCCGGCGGUGCUGACCAAGGCCAACGUGGUGCGCAGCGGGGAGGUGGCGGCCGGGGCAGAGGGGGGCAGCUCCCAGUUCCUGGUGGGAGACCUGGUCCAGAUCUGCUACGACAUUGACCGCAUCAAGCUGCUGCAGAGAGGACACGGGGAGUGGGCUGAGGCCAUGCUGCCUACCCUGGGGAAGGUGGGCAGGGUGCAGCAGAUCUACUCAGACAGUGACCUAAAGGUGGAGGUGUGCGGUACCUCCUGGACCUACAACCCUGCCGCCGUCACCAAGGUAGCCCCCUCGGGAUCUGCCGUCACCAACGCCUCCGGAGAGCGCCUGUCCCAGCUCCUGAAGAAGCUGUUUGAGACCCAGGAAUCAGGCGACAUCAACGAGGAGCUGGUGAAGGCUGCAGCCAACGGAGACCUGGCCAAGGUGGAGGACAUCCUCAAGAGGCCCGACGUGGACGUGAACGGCCAGUGUGCUGGACACACGGCCAUGCAGGCGGCCAGCCAGAACGGCCACGUGGACGUCCUCAAACUGCUGCUGAAGCACAACGUCGACCUGGAGGCCGAGGAUAAGGAUGGAGACCGGGCAGUGCACCACGCCUCGUUCGGUGACGAGGGCUCGGUGAUCGAGGUGCUGCAGAGGGGCGGGGCCGACCUGAACGCCAGGAACAAGAGGAGACAGACCCCACUGCACAUCGCUGUCAACAAGGGCCACCUGCAGGUGGUGAAGACCCUGCUGGACUUCGGCUGCCACCCCAGCCUCCAGGACUCGGAGGGAGACACGCCCCUCCACGACGCCAUCAGUAAGAAGAGGGAUGACAUGCUGUCUGUGCUGCUGGAGGCUGGCGCCGACGUCACCAUCACCAACAACAACGGCUUCAACGCCCUCCACCACGCCGCCCUGCGAGGGAACCCCAGUGCCAUGAGAGUGCUGCUGUCCAAGCUGCCCAGGCCCUGGAUCGUAGAUGAGAAGAAGGAUGAUGGUUACACAGCCCUGCACCUGGCCGCCCUCAACAACCACGUGGAGGUGGCCGAGCUGCUGGUGCACCAGGGCAGUGCCAGCCUGGACAUCCAGAACGUUAACCAGCAGACAGCUCUGCACCUGGCUGUGGAGAGGCAACACACGCAGAUAGUCCGGCUGCUGGUGCGAGCGGAGGCCAAGCUGGAUGUGCAGGAUAAGGACGGGGACACGCCCCUCCACGAGGCCCUGCGUCACCACACGCUGUCCCAGCUGAGGCAGAUCCAGGACAUGCACGACGUCAGCAAGGUGGAGCCCUGGGAGCCCUCCAAGAACACGUUGAUCAUGGGUCUAGGCACCCAGGGGGCAGAGAAGAAGAGUGCAGCAUCCAUCGCCUGCUUCCUGGCUGCUAACGGGGCUGACCUGACCAUCCGCAACAAGAAGGGCCAGUCUCCCCUGGACCUGUGUCCUGACCCCAGCCUCUGCAAGGCCCUGGCCAAGUGCCACAAAGAGAAGACCAGUGGGCAGGUGGGUUCCCGCAGCCCCUCUCUGAGCAGCAGCCACGAGACGCUGGAGGAGUGCAUGGUGUGCUCGGACAUGAAGAGGGACACGCUGUUCGGGCCCUGCGGACACAUCGCCACCUGCUCCCUCUGCUCGCCACGUGUCAAGAAGUGUCUGAUCUGCAAGGACCAGGUCCAGUCCAGGACCAAGAUCGAGGAGUGCGUGGUGUGCUCUGACAAAAAAGCCGCCGUCCUCUUCCAGCCCUGUGGUCACAUGUGUGCUUGCGAGAAUUGUGCCAGCCUCAUGAAGAAGUGCGUUCAGUGUCGGGCUGUUGUCGAACGCCGCACUCCCUUUGUUAUGUGCUGUGGAGGGAAAGGUAUGGAGGAUGAUCCAGCUGAUGAUGAUGAUGAUGAUGAUGAUGAUGAUGAUGAGGACCUUACAGGUAGCACUAACUCUAUAGCUGGGGGCUCACAGGACCUGCUCCAGCCCAACAAUCUGGCCCUGAGUUGGUCCAGCGGGAACAUCCCCGCCCUGCAGAGGGACAAGGACAACACCAACGUCAACGCCGACGUCCAGAAGCUCCAGCAGCAGCUCCAGGACAUCAAGGAGCAGACGAUGUGCCCCGUGUGUCUGGACCGGCUGAAGAACAUGAUCUUCAUGUGUGGCCACGGCACAUGCCAGCUGUGCGGAGACCGCAUGAGCGAGUGUCCCAUCUGCCGCAAGGCCAUUGAGCGUCGCAUCCUCCUCUACUAGACCCCCGGGCCGUCUCUGUCGGCCAACCCCUCGGAUGGCCCAACACCCCACACACACACACAAAUUCAACACUACACCAAAACCGACACAUAUAAGACUUCUUCUCAAGCAUAGCAGUUGGGGCUUCUUUCGAGUGAAGACCCGUUGCAAGUAAAACUCUUAAGACAAAACCAACAAGAAGAAAAAAAAGAAGAUUGAGGUUCCUCGAAACGUUCUCUUGUCUCAGCUUCCGGCUGUAGCAAAAAGCUGUCCCGGGUGCCCCCACCCCCCAUCCCAUCAGGAAAGGUGCUUUGUCAUCAGAUAGUACCCCUCCCUCACUCUCCCCCUCCCUUUUCAUUUCUUCUUCCUCCAUCCCCUUUGCCCUCCUUCCUCCGUCUCUCCAAGAGGACAAAGCCCACCUCCUGUAGUCACUCCAUCUGGGCUGGGGCCGUGGACUUGUGGCCUUGGAUGUGAGGUGUGUGGGGGGGGUUGGGGGGGGUGCAGUGACUGCAGCUCUGCAGCCUGCUUCACGACCUGCUGUCCUGUGUCUGCUCCAUUAUGCAAGCGCACUGGUAUUGGAAACUGAUGGCCGGAGACGUUUGCCACCCGGCUCGUGGUGACGUUUCACGUCCGCACAGUGGGCGGCUAUCUCUUCUCUCUCUGUUUGGGACGCUCAGCAAGCUAGGCUGGGUUCGUGCCCUGGGACGGUCACUAAGGAGGUGGAUGUUGUUUUCGGUCGACCUUUGUGGUAGGGUGCAACACAUGCCUCCCCCCUCCACCCUCUCUCUCUCCCCCCCCCUCUCUCUUUCUCCCCCCCCCCCCCUCUCUCCCUCUCUCUCUCCCUCCCUCUCUCUCGGCAGCACUUCGUAGUAGUCUUUCUUCAGGAGCUCUUUCUGUCUGCGGACUCUGCUGACGUGGAGUGCGCUCUGCUGGGACAGUGGAAGCCCACCGCCGCUCUCUGACGAGGUAGCCUACUGUUCGAGCGGUCCCGUCGUCGCCUGGAAGAACGUCGCCCGUACCUCCAGUUGACGGGACUCUCCACCGUUGAGUGACGGCACACUUUUAGUAUUGCGACGCCCCGUAAGGAGCUGUUACUGGAUGCAAGACAAAGACUGGUACAGCCGAGCCGCCACCGUACUCCCUGACCAUCGUGACGUCGACCACAGAAUGAAUUGGCGCGGGAGCUUGAAAGGAAUUGCGGGCGUCAGUGUCAGCUUGGUGUCCAGCUGUUGUUCCGAGACUGUUCCACAGGUGCUGUCGGUCCCACACAGGCUUAGCGUCCAGUAAGCAUUGCUAAUUACCAUUGAUGACUCUGUGCCAUUGCUUCCAAAAAUAUGUACUCGUUAAAAAAGACGUGUUUCGGGACCUUAAACCCUGUAUUACUUUGUAUUUUCUUUGAAUAAAUCAACAUCGACGGAGCUAGGAGUGUACAAUCUAAUGGAAAGCAACAACAACAAAAACGACAUUUGUAGAGAGUAAAUUAUUUUGUAUUGCUGCCCCGAAAUAAAUAGGAUUUCUAGGUAUGUCUGCCUUCCUUCAAUGUAGCCAGGGACAUUUUGUUUGGAUAUUAAUGUUGAGGCAGUUUUUUUCUUAUUAGCUCACUGCCUAUCACUAUUAGAAGCAUUUUCCUCUUCUUUUUUUUAAUCAAUAAUUGAAUUAGGUCUUAGCGCGCCCAACACGUUUCUGAGCCGGUUGUAUAAUGGGAAUAGGGAGACGUUUCUCUUCUUUUUGUCAAGAAGUGUUCCCAUAUCCUCCUAGCAGUGUUUGAAGGUGAUGAAGCGUUGGCUUUGAGAUCAUUCACACAGUGCUUGCCUUGUGGCAAACAGCCACAUCACCUCUGUGACUGAACAAACCACCACAUCUUCAGUUUUCCCCCCCAGCAGCAAGAACAAGAAAUUCUGAGGACAGAAAGUAGAAAAUGUACUUUUAAACACCAGUCUUUGUUCUUUUCACCGUACAUGUUAACAUUUUAAGCUAGAAGCUCUAAUAUGCUUUAUGGUAGUAUCGUCUUGUUACAGUUGUUAUAAAGGCCGAUUUUGUACCUUAUUUUCAAUACUUAAAACUGUCCAGAUUGAAAAGGUUUGUGUAGUAUUCUUUCCUUUUUUUGGCAUGAAUGUUUGAUGUAUGCAGUACGUACAACAUGUAUCAUAAAAGUUGUUCACUCUGUAUUGCUAAUAAGUGCUUUUAAAACAAACAUAUAGCUGAAAUAAAGUUCACUGAACCUGGGACAUCUA